AUGGAAGUUGAGAUAUCUACAUCAUUUACAGCUUCUUCGGAUGCCUCAGACCAAACGGUCUAUCCCGAAGGAGGCCUCAGGGCAUGGCUAGUCGUUCUCGGGGCGUGGUGUGCCAUGAUCCCAGCAUUGGGGUUGAUGAACACUGCGGGUACUCUCCAUAUCUGGACAAGUACCCACCAGCUCAAGGACUACCCGGAGUCAAGUUAUGGUUGGAUAUAUGGGGCUUACGGCUUUUUCCUUUACUUUGCAGGGGCUCAGAGUGGGCCAAUUCUGGAUACGUGGGGACCAACUUACAUCAUUAUCUCAGGAUCUAUUGGAAUGGUUGUAGCAUUGGUUUGCUUUAGCGUCAGCGAGGAGUAUUAUCAGGUCUUCCUCUCCUUUAGUGUCUUGGGUGGAUUAUCAGCCAGUGCUCUGUUUACGCCGGCUGUCGCAGCAAUUGGCCACUGGUUCAAUACUCGACGAGCCUUUGUCACCGGCCUUGCUUGCACGGCAGGUGGGCUGGGAGGUGUGAUUUUCCCUGCGAUCAUCUAUUUCACGGCACCAAAGAUCGGAUUCGGAUGGGCUAUCCGGAUAAUUGCACUCAUCAGCGCCAUUCUCUGUGCCACAGCCUGCUUCUUAAUCAGGACUCGACUUCCUCUCGGCGAAGAAACUGGGACAAGUGCACUUCUGGAUAUCAAGGCGUUAAGGGAUGCCGAAUACGCUGCCACCACGGCAGCCAUCUUCUUGGUUGAGUUCGCUGUUUUCGUACCAAGCACUUACCUCUCCUCGUAUGCGGUUCACGUUGGUUUGAGCAACACAAUCUCUUAUCUGGUGCUUGUAUUCCUGAACCUCGGACUGAUCCCAGGGCGUCUUCUUCCAGGCCUGGCUGCGGAUCGACUAGGCCGAUUCAACACGAUGGUUCUGACCUCUCUCGUAUGCUCAAUCCUGACCCUUGCGCUGUGGUACAAAUCAGGGAGUAGCCUGGGUGCGAUUGUCUGCUAUGCCGUGCUCUUUGGAUUCUGGAGCGGAGCGGCCAUGAGUCUAUCCCCGGUCUGCAUAUCCCAGAUAUGUGCGACGGAAGAUUAUGGGAAGAGAACAGGCACCGCUUACACCGUUGCCAGUGUUGGGAUCCUCACAGGGAUUCCAAUUGCGGGUGCAAUCCAACAGCGCGAUCAUGGCGAGUAUGACGGGCUUAUUGUCUUCGCGGGGGUGCUGUAUCUUGCGGCUGCGGCUGCCUUUGCGGUAGCUCGAGGGAUUUGCAGGGGUUGGUCGUUGAAAACCCGCUUUUGA